CUAAAGGAUAAAUCAGCGCUGAAAAACGACGCCAACGCCCGCUGAAAAAUGUCCAUGCACCUGACCCUGAUCUGUCAUCCCGCUUCGGGCAAAUCCUGCUCGCCCAUAACAGCGAGGCCCGCUGAAACCCUGCGCGCCUGUGCCGCGGCCUCCCCAAUCCGGCCGUCGCGCUUGCCCAAUCUAGCGGCAUUCCGCUUGCGUCUCGCUUCCGCAGUUUGCACAUCCCAGUCCACUCCCCUGGAUCUCGCACCCAACAACGUGCUCCCGCGACAGCACGCGCUCGGUGAUUACCACUGCGACGGCGCAUCUGCUCCAGCUUCUUGUGCUGAUCGCAGUUUGGGGUCUGCUGCUUUCUCGGCUCUUCUAUUGUCUUUCUGGGACCUACCACAGCUUGCCUGCCCUUUUUGACUGUCCUAUCUUUUCAGGAACCUGCUGCCACCCUGCCAUUUCCUCCAUUUUGCUGCCUGUAUUUCCAAUUUCGAAUUUGCAGUUUGCAUUAACAUUUCCAACGCUUCAUUUUUAUGGGAGUUUUCUAUCUAUUUUUUCCUUC